CUGUGGGGAAUGAUCUGGGAAGGGGUUUGGAGCAGAGGAUCCAUCUCUGACCCUCAAUCCGGGCAGGAAUGUUCUGGGAAGGGGUUUGGAGCAGAGGAUCCACCUCCAGCCCCUCAAUCCAGGCAGGAAUGAUCUGGGAAGGGGAAUGGAGCAGAGGAUCCACCUCCAGCCCCUCAAUCCAGGCAGGAAUGUUCUGGGAAUGGUUUUGGAGCAGAGGAUCCACCUCCAGCCCCUCCCCAUCCAGCCCCCGGCCGAUCCCAACUUCCCGCCAUUCCCACUCCUCCUCCGGCUCCUUCCCGGGGUUUUUUCCCUUCUCCAAUGACUCCCACCCACCACUAAUUAACUCUCCAUCCCCAGCACUAAUUAAUUUUCCCUCCCAAGAGCACAAAGGGGGAAAGAACCCGGGCUGGAUUUUUGGGGAAUGCUGCCGGAUCCACCCGGAUUCCCGACGGAUUCCCGGCGGAUUCCCGGCGGAAUUCCCUGAUUCCCGGGCUCUUUUCCCAGGCCUGGCCUACAUCUGUGAGGGGCUGAAGGAGCAGAGGAAGGGGCUGCUCACCCUGGUGCUGUGGAACAACCAGCUCACCCACACCGGCAUGGCCUACCUGGGCAUGACCCUGCCCCACACGCAGA